AUGGAGGAUGCAAAGAAAGUGUUAACGGCAAAUGGAGGUCAAAUAACAUAUGAUCCUGCCGGUAUGACCACAUUCAUCCUUACCACAUCGACCAACGAUGUCAAGUCGCAAGCGACCCCACGUCACAUUGGAUAUCUCGGUACAAAUCCGAUUGGUACACGGACUAUUCCAAAUUUGUUCCAAGAGUAUGGUUCUGACAAGGUCAUACUCAAACAUGAAUGGGUCGUGCAGUGCAUGAGAGAAGGUAGACUCAUGACUGAAAAAGAUAAUUGGGGUGGAUGGAGAAUCCGCUGUACAUUUGACGAUCCGGAAUUCCUUUCUUUCGACGAAAUCAUAAGGAUCGAUAGCCUACCUGUGGCCGAUCCUACUACAGUAUCUAAUCAUGACAUGGUUGAUUUCAGAAACACGCAAAUUCCACCCUUUCCCUCUCAUCCAGCAGUCCCUAUUUCUAGCUAUGAAUUCCCCCUUAAUUCCAAACCAAGAUCUGUCUCUCUAGCUUCAACUGUCCACAUUGCUCCCGCGCCCAUCCCAGCUAGAUACAACGGCAAUUUUAUCCCAGAUGUGCCACCUGUCUCUACCGCACCCGAUCUCACCGCCUUUGCCCCGUGUCACAAUCGCGAAGACCCGUACGCAGGAAACAACGGUAUUCCUAGCCUUGCUGAGCUAUUCUCACAUGCUCCCUUAUUACGACUUGCGCCUAGACAGUCACCGGAUCAUCAAACCCUUUCAGAUCAACCAUUGGAUGACUAUUCAAAUUUGACUCACCCUGGAAAUAGCUUUCCCGUCUCUGGGGAAAAUCAUCAGGGGAACCUUGAUACCACGCCUCUGUACUUCUCCCCUCGGUCUCGAGCUAACCGUCCCCGACCAGGAUCAACGACGCCAGCAUUGGCAAAAUGGAUGUCACAGUUGCCCAGAGCAUUCGAUCCUCAAGUCGCACCCUCCAGCAUCCGUCAAUUGUUCCUUGGUCAGCCGACCCAACCAGAGGAGAUCAGCAAUCCCUCCCAAUCGGAGCCGCAAUAUUCCCUACCUCCAUCUCACCCCGACGGUCCUCCUGUCAUCAACGUUCCCGCUCAGUCCUCGGCUUUACAAAAUCAUGCUGCUAGUGAUGCUCAGAGCUCGAAUCAACCUCCGGCACAGCAAUGGAGACAUUCAGGCUUCACAACAGUCUCCGACCGGAUUCCUCCCUUGUUCGUCCGCGAAAUGGGAUUACCUUCUCAACCUCAAUUCCCCAUCUUGACCGCCCCAUGUGGAUCCUCAAGCCUGGUCUCUUUACUUCCAUCUGCAUCUGGACCCUCAUUAUAUCAGUCUUCUUUGUCCGCUUUGACUCCUCCAUUCCAUCCCUCCAAUCAGUCAUCUUCUACUUCAUUGCAAACUGGUAUUAUCUCUUCAAUGGACUCUUCUCAGGAGCUUCAGCCUUACUCGUCGAUCAUAUCGGUGGAAGACAAAAAGCCAAUGCCGCUCUAUACACAUUGCUGGAUGAUCAUGGCUCGGACCCAUUUCCGACAUCCAGAAUGGAGUGUUGACCAGGUUUGGGAUCACCUUACCUCAGAAUACCAAGGCAGGACCCGUUGGCGUUGGAAGGAAAUAUGGAUGAAAGACAAGUCAGCCAUUAUUGGCAUCCUGGAUGAGAUGAAACAGGCCGAGAAUGGUGGUGCGCAAUCCAGCGUCGACGGAAACAACCAGGUAACUCACUCGAAUCAAUCGUAG